GAAAAUUUGGGGACAUCAGAAAAUACAAUUUGAUUUGAACGAAAUGAAUAAAAAGGACAAAAGUGAAAACUUGUUUAGAUGAAGAAUGGCUACUUUUCUCUGGACCCAUCCGCAUCUUCUUCAUCAUCAUCAUCAUCAACCUUGGAGGCGCACUAAUUUUCAAAAUCGAUCAAUUAGUUUCUCUAAUUCUUCUUAUCUUCAUCGUCCCCGCAGAAUUUACUGUAACUACGAUGAUAGAGGCAGGAACCAGCAGCCUAAUUCUAGUGGAAUUCAACUUUACCGUGAUAUUGAGAGAUUACUUACAGAGACGGUGCAGCAAUCACAAGAUGCAUGGGGUGGUUCAACACACUGGACUGAAGUUGAGGGAGCAUGGGUUCUCAAACCUAGAAGCACUAAACCCUGGUCAGUGGUCCAUUUCAUUGGUGGUAUAUUUGUUGGAGCAGCCCCUCAGCUUACUUACCGUUGGUUUCUUGAGCGACUUUCAGAAAAGGGUGUUUUGGUGAUUGCAACUCCGUAUCCUAGUGGAUUUGAUCACUUCUACAUUGCUGAUGAAGUUCAGUUCAAAGUUGAUAGGUGCUUACGGUUUUUACAAGAAACAGUACAAGAUCUUCCUACUUUCGGCAUGGGCCAUUCUCUGGGAUCUGUCAUCCACCUCCUAAUUGGAUCAAGAUAUGCUGUGCAAAGAAGUGGGAAUAUAUUAAUGGCUUUCAACAACAAGGAGGCAAGCUUAGCUGUCCCUUUAUUCUCGCCUGUUAUUGUCCCAAUGGCCCAAAGUAUAGGACCCCUUUUAUCACAAAUUGCAGAAUCACCAACAAUCCGCCUUGGGGCAGAAAUGACUUUAAAACAGAUGGAAAACCUUAGCCCUCCCAUCAUGAAGCAAGUUCUUCCUUUAGUCGAGCAACUCCCUCCUUUGUACAUGGACUUAGUAAAGGGAAGAGAAGAUUUUACUCCCAAACCAGAAGAAACUAGACGACUUAUAAAAUCAUACUACGGCAUUUCCAGGAAUCUUUUGAUAAAGUUCAAGGAUGAUGGAAUUGAUGAAACUUCUACGCUAGCUCAGGUGCUUAGCUCAGAAUCAGCUAUCAGUUCAAUGCUAGACAUGUCAAUUCGCUUGCUGCCAGGAGAUCAUGGGCUCCCUCUGCAACAGGCACUCCCAGAUGUUCCACCAGCAAUGGCUGAUGCAGUAAAUCGUGGAAGCGAGCUUAUUGCAAAUCUAACUAUCGGGACACCAUGGGAGACAGUUGCCAAAGAAGUCGGCAAUUCAUUAGGUGUGGACUCAAGGAUUCUGCGGGCAAAUGUAUCCAAGGAUUUAGACCUUCUUGUGGAUGUGAUCACAUCUUGGAUGUCUUCAAACUCAGGUCCAAAACUUCUGAGGCCAUGAUAUAUAGGAGUGGAUCACCAAAGCCAAACUACACAGAAAAAAUAUUUAAAGGUUGCUACAAUUGAGAAUAUGGUGAAAGAAUUGAUGUGCAUAUAUGUUAAUUUUUCUGUACAGUUUUGUAUGAUAUCAGGGCUGUCUAUUCGUAAGUAAAACAAACAAACAUGAAUAUCCACCAAUUUGAAAGUUCUUGUACAUGUUUAUUCCACUUGAUUGUGGCACAACACAACAUGCUGAUUGUU